AUGGAAGGGCUUGAAUCCGAUGAGGAUAUAGACGACGUACUCCAGAUGAUAUGGAAUUCAUCUCGUCUCAUAUUAGCCAAAUAUUCAGAGCUAUUGCGGUUACGUCACCUGAAUUACUCAUGGGUGUGUCUUUACACCAUUUUCAUGGCCGGUCUUGCAAAUAUCUACGCCGUCGGGUGCUGUGCGCAAAGACGAAAACGGGGCAUUAUAGCUUUCCUGCCUCCCUUUUUUGAUGUCAUCUCCGAUGUUCGCGAGUGUUCCAAUAUUUUAACGGCAAUCUGUGAAAGAUGGGACGACGCUCGGGGUUCGUGCGAUAUUUUCAACAUAUUGAGUAUGAGUGCUCUAAAAGAGCUUGCUGCAACAAGCUUCCAGCAAAAAUGCACUAAGGUGACUACCUCCAGGUCAGACCCUGGUAACGAACAAACAAACAUACAACCUCCUUCGACGGAUGCAGGAAUUAUAGCAGGCCAAGGAUCUACGUUGAACCCCGCACAGUUGCCGCCUCAUCAAACCUAUCCUUCUCCAGGAUUCCCCGAUAUGGCCUUCGCUCAAUAUCCCGACGAUCCCCUCUCCGAUCCCAUUGUUGAUUUUCAGCAGAUGUUUCAGGAAUUGCAGAACAAUAUUAGCGUCCAAGGGCAUACGCAGACAGAUGAGGUUAUGCUAGGGUUUGCGCAAGAGUGGUUUGAAAGGUAG